UCCUAUGCUUCCUCCAGAAAUCCUGUACGGUACGACUGUUGUGAAUCUGAAUAUGUCAUUUGAAAAAAACAAAGAUAUUUCAAGUGGCAUUCAAAAUGGGAAAACUUCCACAGAGCCGCAAAUAAUUAAAAAUCUCUUUCAAGACCAAGACAGCAUUGAGCAAGAGCACUCACAAAUAGACGACAAUAGAGAGGAAAAGAGUAAAAUAUUAGAACAAACUUCUUUUUAUAGGCAGAAACUGAAACUUUAUGAAAGAAAAGUUGUUGCAGCAGAAAGAAAAGCUGCUGCAAUGGAAAGAAAAGCUGCUGCAGCAGAAAGACAGGCUAGUGCAGUUGAAAGGCAGUUAACAUUAUUGGAGAAAUCAUUGCAAUUAAAAAGUGAGCUAUUAAAAAUCAAAAAACAGAAAAAAGAUUUUAAUUGGACAAAAGAUAUUCUUAAAUAUUUAUAACUUGUGGACACAUCUUGUAAAAAAGCAUGUAUAAAGCUGUAUGAUAAUUUUUAAUAAAUUUCACUCCUAAAAUAAUG